ACCAAUCAUUAGCAUUAGCAACCCUUAAACAGAGAGAUUUCAUAACGAAGAGAGAGAAAGUUUGAAAGAAUCAAAAAUGGCGCAAGCAGUAAUGAUUGCAGAACCUCAAGCUCAAGCUCAGGUGGUUCAGGCAUUGGUUUCGGAUUCCAUGGAUAUGGUUGCAGAAUCACUUGCAUCAGUCAAGAUUAAUGAAGAUGUUCAUAAGAAGAAUCGCAUUCAAGUCUCUAAUACCAAGAAACCUCUCUUCUUUUACCUUAAUCUUGCCAAGAGGUAUAUUAAGCAGCACAAUGAUGUUGAGCUAUCUGCAUUGGGCAUGGCAAUUCCUACUGUUGUUACCAUCGCCGAGAUUCUCAAGUCAAAUGGUUUUGCUGUGGAGAAGAAAGUUCUCACAUCAACAGUUGGCUCGAAAGAUGAAAACAAGGGCCGUUUUGUUCAGAAGGCCAAGCUUGAGAUUGUUCUCGAGAAGAAUGACAAGUCUCCUACCUCAACUGAUGCAACAGAAAAGUCUGUACCCAAAACUGAAACUAAGGGAGAGCCAGAUGAAUCAAAGGACAGUGAAAUAAAGACCGAGGCUACAACUGCUCAGAAAAAGGAAGGAUGAGCAUGCCAGUGCUACAAUCUACUCCAGCUGUGAUCUUCAGUCACCAGUAUAUGUUCUGCAAUUUUUUUUUUCAUAAUUUUAGGGUAGUAAUGCAUAGCUUUAAGCAAUAUUGUAGGUAGACAAAUGUAAGUAGGCCUUUCGGUAAAUUCUCCUGCUGUUGCCACAGUAGACAGAUACUAGGAAGUAGCUGAUAAUCCCAGAUCGAUUCUUUCACUCGGAAUCUUUCUGAUGAAAGUAGGCCGUUUGCUGUUACAACAGCAGACAGAUUCUAGGAGUAGCUGAUAAACCCGGAUCGAUUCUUUCAUUCUGAAUCUUUCUGUUCAAUUUGUCAUAAUAAGUCUUUGAGUACUUUCUUUGCUGUACUUAGGGCAGCAAAUCACUUUCUUGUACAAGCUGUACAUGUACUCCAUUACCUUCUAAACAGUAAGAUGCAAUAUAUUGAGAUUGACUUUACUUUUAUUCAUCUUCUACCACAAGGUAUAGAUAACACUGUUCAGCACUUAAAACUAUGAUAUAAGUAAUUGUUGAUGUUUUUUAGUCAAUCUCCAAGCACUAAAUGACAUAUACAUGAUGUAGCCGCUACAUUAUUCGAAGGGUAAAGCCUCAAGGAUUAGUGAAACUGGAAACAGAGAUUAAAUGCAUGUCUAACUAAGACCUAUAAUUGACCCUCACGAAAGGGACAACUUUGCUAGGGUUAAUGCCAACACCUUGACCCCAUUUGCCAGAUCUUCAGGAGCUGCAUACUCUUCAGGUUUAUGACUAUACCCUGCAAAUAGACAACCCAAUAACAGAGGUCAACCCAGUGUGUGCGCAAUCUGGAGGAUGUUCUAUUUCAUCAUUCAUUUUUUGCUGAGAUAGUAUAUGCUCACACUUG